GGACUCUCUCUCUCUCUCUAACUAACCAGAGACAGAGAGCUACCAUUGAUGCAAGAUUUUUUUAUUUUCUUUCCUGUUCUUGAACAGAGAAACCCAACAAGAAACAGAGUCAAAGACAUUAUUAUGUUCUCUGUCAAAUCACCGUCUUUUCUUCUUCUACCAGUCUUCGUCAUAUUCUCUUCAACCUUGUUUUAUUCAUUCUCUGAUGGAGCUUCUCAGAAUCUUCACCUUCAAACCAUUCACAUUUCAGGCAAUUCUUCUAUUCCUUCUUCUUUACACAUCCAUUAACUAAUUUCUUUUUGAAAAAAGAUGUAUAAUCGAUUGCGGUGUUUUUUAAUUGUAGGAAUAGCCAAUGAGAGUGAAUAUGGAGUGGUUUCGUGGGGAUCGAGGUGGUCUGUUCUUGAGGGACCAUCUUUGUUUUUGGCUGCUGAGAGAACUCACAGGAAAGAUCCAUUUGAUAAUUUCAAGUACUACACUGGUGGAUGGAAUAUUAGUGAUCAUCAUUAUUUCUAUCAUUGGAUGCGUUGUUUUAUAUACUGGACAAGGGAAGUUCCAUACUAGCACAUCGAAUACAUUGGACUAUGUCGUGUGGCAAGCUAACACCACCGUUGAGAGUCUUUGGAGUGUAUUGGAUUAUCUUGAAGCAGCUAAGCAUAUCAGAGCGGAUCAACUUUUUUUGCCUCCUGAUGUUCAAAACAACAUCAACAAGGUCGAAACUGACAUUAAUACUGCUACUACAGCUCUUGAACAUGAGGCAAGGAGGAACUAGAAGGAUAUACAGAGCGUUCUGAACUCCAUGUGAGUAGAUCCUUACUAUAUAUAUAUAUACACUAGAAGAUGUUCAUGCUGUUGGUUAAAUAUCCCAACUACUUUUGAAUUUGGUACUU